AUGCUGGUUACAAAACACGCUGCAGAGCUUUGUGCUCUCCUAGUUAACGACCUCUACGGUGAACUUCCAUCGCGAAUUCUCAUCGCCCUUCUGACCAAGGGACGAAGUACCAUUCCUCAGCUAGUGCAACAGACCUCACUUAACCCCCGUCAUCUAAGAAAUGGAUUAGGCGUGCUGUUCCAUCAGAAUUUGCUGUAUGCGCGAACUGAGCCUGGCUCUAAAACAACUACAUACGAGGCCAACCCCGAUGCCUGCUACAAUCUGAUCCGUUCCGGGAAAAUACUGGAAGUUUUGGAACAACGAUUCGGGGCCGCUGAACGUGAUUUGGUGCAGACUCUGAUGCUCCUUGGGCAUGCUCGGAUUCAAGACCUGGGCCAAGCGUUCUCGACGAGAGCUCCCCAGGCCAAUGGAGAAACCAACGGAACGCACUCGAUGCUUAUCGGAUCUGAGAGCCGACUUCGGUCUGUUUUAGCUCGCCUACUUCAGGCUGAAAUUGUCGAGGCCGUGCGAGCUGACACAUUCCGCAACCCAGCCGAAGUCCUUGAUGAAUACAAGCAAGAGAUGGCCAAAGCCUCACCAGGUGACAGGAUCAGCAACAAGGACAAGAUAGUGAAUGAUGAAAAGGCUGCGGAGCGGUACAUCGCCUUUCGAGAUAACGGGAAGGCCAUCAAAAGGCAGCUCGACCAAACACGGGGCAGCUAUGCAAAGAGGCGCAAGUUGCAGAAUGGCCAUUCCACAAAUGGGGACAUCGAUGAUGACGAUGCCCCUCAUUUAAAUCCAAACAUCAUCGUCAGAGUGAAUUACGAAAAAUGCUUGGUUGAGUUGCGGAACCACCGUUUGGUGGCUUUUGCAUCUGACAGCAUAGGCGAAACCACUGCCAGCGUAUAUCGCACACUUCUAGACCUAACUACAGCUCACAUGUCGAGGUGUCGAAUCGAUCCACUCGCGGCAGUAAAAGAGCCAGAACCGGCACCGAUUACAGUAACUACUCUGGACAUUUUUGAUCACCUAGACGAGAGCAUCGACGUUUCUAGAGGCAUUGGCAAGGUAUCUGGAGAUAAGAUUGACACCUCCAGUGUCGAGAAAGUGAAAAUGGAGGUGCCUCAAUCAGAUGACGAAUCUGACAUCGAGUCGGAUGACGAUGGGCCUAUUCCCAAUGGGCGGUCCAACAUCCGGCCAAGAGGAAACACUGGUCAACAUAAUGAUGACGAUCCGUUUUCUGAGUCGGAUAAUGACACGAGAACGAACGGCCAACGCCCAUCCAGGGUAACAUUUGACGACACUUCGACGAAUAGGGCAGCUCGCAUAGAACAAAUGAGGCAGCAUCUACUCUUACUGAAAGACAGCAAGCACCGGUUCAUCCGCCACUGUGGCACCCAGGGUCGAGGCCAAUGGACAGUGGACUUCCGGCUACUUAUGGCCCGGUUCCGAGAUGCUGAAAUGGAUGCGGUUAUUGAGCAAUCAUUCGGGAGACAUGGCCUGCGCUUGACUCGGAUCCUACGAGAGAGAGGCAAGCUUGACGAGAAAAUGCUUUACUCAUCAGCAUUGAUGAAGAAGGGAGAUGUGCAAGGGAAGAUGCUUGCUAUGCAAAUGGCUGGCCUAGUGGACAUUCAAGAAGUUCCCAGAGAUACCAACCGCCUGGCCAAUCGAACACUCUUUUUUUGGCAUUUCGAUGGCGAAAAGACGCAGGCCCAAUUGCUCGAUGAUGUUUACAAGGCGAUGUUGCGGUGUAUGCAAACACUGCAGGUUGAACGACACAAGGAACGCAACAUUCUAUCGUUUGUUGAGCGCAAGGACGUUCAGGGCAAGGAGGAAGAGGUUAUGACGGCCGAGCACUACAACAAGUACAACAGCCAUCUCGAAGUUCAGGACAGGUUACUGGGCCAAGUCAUGAGACUUGAUGACAUGGUUUCUGUGUUAAGGGAUUUCUAG